UCGCCAUCCGGCGGAGGAUGGAGGCGCAGGCGACCCACCGGCGAGCCGGAGAACGCGGCGGCGGCGACGGCGACGGCGGGUGCUCUGCCUCCAUCGCCAAGCACCUCGCAAACCAGGGGCAGGUCUUGAAGUGGCUGCAAGAUUUCUCUGAUAGGGUGGAGGAGAGAGCUAAAGGAGCUGCUGCAGAAGUCAAUGGGCUGUUGGAUGAGGUUGGGGCGCUGGAGCUGGAUAUGAAGACUGCGAUGACCUUCUUCAACAAGCUAACCCACCAAAGGUUCAUUGAACAUAAAAUUUCAGACGAAGAUAGUAUGAAAUUGAAAACGAUGGAGAGCAUGCGAGGUUCUAUGCAAUCCCAAGUGCCAGCUCAGGAUUAUGAACGUGAUAUUUUACCUAGAUACAAACAAGCAUUACACAUAGGACUUUCUUCCUGUAAGGAUCACUUCCGAAGCAAGGGCCGCUCAACAACCUCCGCAUUCAGGGCUAUGUCUGCAUGUGGUCUUCUUCCACAUAUAAUUGGUUCUGAAGAGUACAUUCAUGAUAACAGCUGUGGCCUUGCAGAUGAUGUGCAACCUCUAAAUGAUGACUUCGGUUGGCUGCGGGACUUUCAAAGUGAGUCAUCAGACUCAUGGACUACCAAUAUCUCUGAGUCACAAACUACCAAUAUCUCUGAGUCACAAAUUUCCGGGGCUCAGCGUAGUUAUGAGAAGGGGGAAACAGACUCUGUGGUUUCUGCUGCACGAGAGUUCAAGGCAAUGCUGGAAGCUGCACUUGUUAAUCCCUACAAGUUGUAUGAUGAUGAUGCAACUAUUACAGCACAAGAUGCUUCUGUAGAGAAGGAGUUAAGCACAAGUGAGGACCCAGUUAUGCUGACAGGGACAAGUGAAGCAACAAGCGGAAGAUCAGCACAAGAAAACUCUGAUGAUAAAGGACUUUUUGCAAGCUUGCAAAGCCCAGACAUGAAUCCUCAUGACAUCUAUUCUGCUUUGGUUAGAGAAGGCCUGUUUGAUAGUGGUGAUGAGAUCCUGUCUAUGGAUACAGGGGAGUCUGCUGGUACUCCUGUUUCAGCCCUAGCGUCAGGUUUAGGAAAUCUUGCCAUUGCUCAUCCAGCUGAAAGGAGCUACUCAAUAGACGAAACAACAAAUGAGGGACACUUAAUUGAAGGGGAUGAUCCAUCACCAUCAGAGAAAGACGAAGAUAACCAGACUGAUGCACAUGGUGUGUCUUCGCCAGAGACAGAAGAUGGUGUUUUUAGACCAUCCUAGCCAUGCUGAUAUUGGUCACUUUCUUCUCAAGUGAAGUUCUAUUUGUCAGUCAAAAUCUACAGCAUAUGCCAAUGAAGACUGAAAAGAUGUUCUUCUUGGCAAUGAUUUAGACAAGGAACACACUUUUACUGUCAUGUGCAACUAGCAAACUUUGUAAUAUGUUCAGUAGAUGCAGAAAUGCAGUUUAGUUACUUCGAUAUCAAAAAUAACGUAUUGAAAAUACAUCAUUUCACAACUAUAUUAUUGAUGAAGAUCAAGGCUCCCAUCAUUUCGCG